AUGGCCGCCGCUAGAUUAACCUCAUGCGUGGCCGUGACAGCUGCUGCGGUGGCUUCUAUAUCCACAUCAUCCGAUCGUGCUUACGCCGAAUCCUACUUUCGUUUCCCUUUUUUCUCUUCCUCACCUUCCGGUUCGCCGUCGUCGACGGACCCAGCAUCUGACUCCAAGUCGGAGUCUCCGCCGCCGGAGGAUUCUAAGAAGUCGGGGUUUGAUCCUGAAUCGUUAGAAAGAGGUGCAAAAGCUCUCCGUGAAAUCAAUAAUUCUACCCACGCUAAAAAGGUGUUUGAUUUAAUGCAUAAACAGGAAAAAACUCGCCUUGCUGAGCUAGAAGCUGAAAAAGUUUAUUAUGAACUUAUUCAGGCUCAAGGAGAUAUUGACAGGCUGCGUAAAGUGAUUGAAGAACAACGGAAUCUAGAACAAGAGAAGGCCCAGAGGCAGGCUCAGGUGUUGCGAUAUGAAGAUGAAUUGGCAAGGAAAAGAAUGCAGACAGUUCAUGAAGAUCAAAGGCGACAUAAUGUUGAGUUGGUCAAGAUGCAAGAGGAAUCUUCCGUAAGAAAGGAGCAGGCAAGACAGGCUACUGAAGAACAAAUUCAAUCUCAGAAGCGUCAGACUGAGAGAGAGAGAGCUGAAAUUGAAAGAGAAACCAUUAGAGUUAAGAAAAUGGCAGAGGCUGAAGCCCGAGCCCAUGAGGCAAAAUUGACCGAGGAUCAUAACCGGAGAAUGCUUAUAGAACGAAUGCAGGGUGAAAGAGAUAAAUGGCUUGCUGCAAUUAACACAACUUUUAGUCAUAUUGAAGGUGGUCUAAGGGUCUUGUUGACCGAUAGGGACAAAUUGCUAAUGACCGUUGGAGGAGCUACUGCAUUAGCUGCAGGAGUAUAUACGACAAGAGAAGGUGCAAAAGUUACAUGGGGCUAUAUUAAUCGGAUUUUGGGGCAGCCAUCAUUGAUCCGGGAAUCAUCCAUGGCAAAGUUUCCAGGAGCAAGGAUCAUGUCUCUAGCCAAAAAUAAACUUUCAAAUUAUAGUACCUUGGCCAGGGCAGAAAAGCCUGCUGGGAGUCAAAAUGGUCUUGGAAAUGUUAUCUUGCAUCCAUCAUUGCAGAGAAGAAUACAGCAUCUAGCACGGGCAACAUCAAAUACUAAGGCCCAUCAGGCACCAUUUCGCAACAUGCUUUUUUAUGGGCCUCCUGGGACUGGUAAAACCAUGGUUGCAAGGGAAAUAGCGAGGAAAUCGGGUUUGGAUUAUGCAAUGAUGACUGGAGGAGAUGUUGCACCUCUGGGCCCACAGGCUGUUACCAAAAUUCAUGAGAUAUUUGAUUGGGCCAAGAAAUCUAGAAGAGGCUUAUUGCUUUUUAUCGAUGAGGCCGAUGCUUUUCUGUGCGAGCGAAACAGCUCACACAUGAGUGAAGCUCAACGAAGUGCUCUAAAUGCAUUGCUUUUCAGAACUGGUGAUCAGUCUAGAGACAUAGUACUUGUCCUUGCCACAAACAGACCGGGAGAUCUUGAUAGCGCAAUUACUGAUCGUAUUGAUGAAGUGAUUGAAUUCCCGCUUCCAGGAGAGGAGGAACGUCUUAAGUUAUUGAACCUCUAUUUGAACAAGUAUCUAUGUGAUGAAACUAAUGGAUCCAAGGGUGGUUUAUUUCUUAAGAAGCAGGCCCAGAAGAUUACCAUAAAAGAUUUAUCCGAAGAUGUGCUAAGAGAGGCUGCCAAGAAAAUAGAGGGAUUUUCUGGCCGUGAGAUUGCCAAACUCGUGGCCAGCAUCCAAGCUGCUGUUUAUGGGCGCCCCGACUGCACCUUGGAUUCUCAGUUGUUUAAAGAAAUUGUAGAUUACAAGGUGGUGGAACAUCAUCAACGGAUAAAACUGGCAGCUGAAGGCGUUCUCCCUGCCUGAUCAAAUGUAACCUGUUCCAGCUUGUUACUUCUGAAUUCCCAUUAACAUCUGCUCUUGGAGUUUACUUCUGGAUACCUUUGUUAAUCUUGUUAUUUGUGCCAUCAUUUGUGGCCCGAAGCGUAUUCCUUUUAAAAUUUCGCUGAGAUGCAUUUUGUGAUCCAAAUUUAUAGCAUAUUUUAGCUAUAUUAAUUGCUAGGAGUGAGAGGCUUUAAUUACAUGGAAGUAGCAUUCCAGCAGAACCUGUUGCCUUCAUGCUAUAUAUGGAGCAAGAAGCCAGGUCCUGAGAGCGGAGAAGUCAAUUAUGAAAUUAAAUUUAUAAAAUAUGCUCGAAAUUGUAAUUUAAAUUUGCAUUUUGUUUUUAAUGAGUUUCGUUGAAUUCCAAUAAUCUGUAUGAAUGGAUAUGCUGAAUAAUUCUUUAUUUUUUGCUAGAAUAUAUUUGUUAUCUAUA